AUCUUGUACAUUGUGAGUGGCGGCUGUCCUCAGCCGAGUCCCCCCACCCCCCUCUGAUCAAGCUCAGAUCCAAAGAAAGGGAGGAAUUUCAUUUUGGUUCCCUCCCUGGGAUCCUCCUAUCCCUCCCCAUUCCACAGUUUCAAGCUCUCCUGAGAAUCGCUAAACAAGACGGGAGGGGUUUUUUUUGUUGAAAUCGUUUUCUUUGAAACUCUCACCCUCCGGAAAGGCCGGACAGAAAUUAACACAAGUUGAUCAUGGCGAUCUGGAACUGAACGGGGCUGAGGAGAGAAAUGUACAGAACUGUCCGAAAUCUGACUGUCAGACUCAACCAGACUGAGGGCGAUUUUCACACCGCGACCAACUGCACAGAGCUGGCAAUAAACCCCCGGGGCUGCUUUCUGCUGAGUUCUGGUGAAAUGUUUAACCCACAACAUUCCUCGAACUUGUAUUUUGUCUGAAAGAACUGGAGCAAUCCUUGGAAGGGUAUGUGCAGCUCUGUCCCGGAGUAACAGCGAGAGACCGGCGUUUGGAGAAGGGUCCAGCCAGACAGUGGGUCACAACAGUUAAGUGGGACCUCUAACGCAAUGAAAGCUGAUCAGAUGUCCCAUUGCAGAGGCUUGGUCAUCUCACACUAACGUUUGGAGAAGACUCCAUCUCCACACUCAAUAUUGGUUUUGUACCAAAGAGGCAAAAACCAAAGUGUAAAAAGGAAAAAAAAGGGUUUGAAUAUGAAGGGGAUUGGGUUGUCCCUUGCCUCGCUGGUGCUGUUUUGCCUGCUGUGUGACUACAGGGCGCCCGCGGAAAUGCUGGGACUUGGGGGAAGAAGGCAGCUGAAUGGGUCAGUAAGUGAAGCCCAGGCGCCUGUGAGAGUGUCCCGGCCCCUGUCUCCCAUCAGAGGCAGGACUGCAGCGCAGCGGGACGAGAGCGGGACGCCGCGAAUGCGAGAGAGAGGGGGGAGCUCCUUCCGGAGGUCUCGCUUGGGGAUGGUCAGAGACACCGCAAGAAGCCGAAAGAUUCGUGUCCCCGCUUCUGGCACCCCCAGCCUGCUGGCCGGAAUGGCCGGCAAGCAGAGACUCUGGGUCAUCUCCGCCCCUCACGCCUCGGAUGGCUAUUACCGGCUGAUGCUCAGCCUCCUGAAAGACGAUGUGUACUGCGAGUUGGCCGAGAGGCACAUCUAUCAGGUCGUCCUGUUCCACCAGGAGGGAGAGCUGGGCGGCAAAGUCAGGAAGAUAACCAACGAGGGGAAAAUCUUGGAGGAACCUCUGGAUGCAAAGACCGUCCUCAAGCUGUUGGACUUUCUAAAACUGGAGAAAGGUAAAUUCAGCAUGGUCCUGCUGAGGAAAAAUCUCCAGCUGGAGGAGACCUACCCUUAUCCGGUUAGGCUGGAGGCAAUGUACGAAGUGAUUGACCAGGCCCCAAUUAGGAAAAUUGAGAGGCUGAGGCAGAAAGGGUUUGUGCAGAAAUGUAAGCAGGCUGGUGUAGAAGGGCAGGUGGUUGGAGCCAAUGUGGGAGAGAAGAAGAAAGAGGAACAGCCCAGGCCUACCCCAAAGAAUGAGAAUAUUGAGGUGCCAAAGGAGACUAGAGAAGAAAAAGUGGUCGAGGAAAAGAAAAAGGUCAUCAUUAGGAAGCCUAUUAGGAUAUCCCUGAACACACACGGAGGCUCGAGAAUAGUUAGGGCAACUGUGGUGCCAACUACAACAACUGCCAGCACCACAAAACCAACUGUCACAUUCCCCACCACAACUACUAUCACACCUAUCGCCACAACAGUAUUGUCUUCAGCUGCUACUGAGAGCCAAGCUGGAACCUCACUCGUUACAAGAUCGCGUGUAAUAUGGUCACCGUCUUCACCAAAAUUUCACAAACCUGCAGUUGCUGUUGAAACUCCAUCAAGACCAACUACCAAGAUUGACACCUCAGUAGCACGGGGUGGCACAUAUAGAGAUAGACAUCGGGCAGUGAGCAAAACUGAUGGCAGCAAAUCUCAUACAAGUAAAUCCUCAAAAACUCUCCAUUACUAUCCUCCGGUGCCGACUCCUCAGUCCACGACAGCCAGUCCAGAUUACACAAAAGAACAGACAACGCGGCACAAAUACAACCAUACAGACAAAAAAGAGGGGAACUAUCGCCAGAAAGGUCCAUUGGUGACACCAACCCAUCGCAAACCUACCAAAGUCAAACCCAAAACUACAAAUAAUAAAAUCCUGACAAAUGAAUACGAGGAUAAAUUUGACCCUGAGAAAACCUCACCGACAAACACUGGGCAAGAGGUUGAAGUGCCUCGUGUUCCUCAGAAAAAAAGGAAAGAACAGAAAAAGUCUGGCAAAUCAGUCAAGAAUGAAAAGAAGAAGAAGCCCAUGAAGAAAGACAAAACACGGAAGAAAGUCAAAUCUGUGCCGAAAAUUAAACCUCACAAGAAAUCCAAGAAGACAACCAAGAAAGGGAUCUUCAAGCAGCCUAAGAAGAUAUCAGGGAUGCCAAAGACAUUGGCAUCUAUUCUCAGCUACUUUGAAAAUAGACGACGUCUAGUACUUAUCACCUCUCCCAAUGAUAAAAACAACAUGUACGAACAACAACGAGACGAGUAUUUAGAACACGUCUGUGAAAUGGCAUUAAGAAAAAUCUCGAUUAUCACCAUUUUUGGGCCUUUAAAUAACAGCACGAUUAAAAUUGAUCAUUACCAGCUGGACAAUGAGAAACCAGUCAAGGAUAUAAGACCCAGUGACCUGGAUCAGGACCUUAUUACUGAACUUCGCAAGGAGUAUGGGAUAACUGAAAAUGAGUUCUUCAUGGUGCUAACUGAUUUAGAUAUGAAAGUCAAGCAACACUAUGAAGUACCAAUCGCUAUGCAAGCUGUGUUCAAUUUCAUUGAUGCCUUCACAACAAGAAUCAAAGAGAUGGAAAAACAGAAGAGAGAUGGUACACCAUGCAAGAAAGAAGACAAACCAAGAUCAUUGGAAAAUUUCUUGUCCAGAUUCCGUUGGAGGAGACGUUUAUUUAUUAUUUCUACCCCCACUGAUGAAGAAUGGGCCUAUCAACAUCAGCUUUAUGCCUUAAACUCACAAGCUUGCAACCUAGUGACUCUCCCUAUGCUUGAGCAUGAAGUCAGCCAAGGUUUACGUCAUUUGGCUGUUCUGAAGUUGAUGGGCGUGGGUAUUGAUGUUGGAGGAGUUUUGGAACUCUAUCCAAUUAACGGAAGCGCAACUGUUGAUCGUGAAGAGCUCUCCCAGUCCUUGGUAGAAGAUAUACGGAAUUAUUUCCAAGUGAGCCCAGAGUAUUUCUCAAUGUUACUGGUUGGGAAGGAUGGAAACGUCAAGUCAUGGUAUCCAACACCAAUGUGGAAUAUGGCUAUCGUUUAUGACCUUGUUGACUCCAUGCAACUUCGACGACAGGAAAUGGCCAUUCAACAAUCCUUGGGUAUGCGUUGCCCAGAGGAUGAAUAUGGAUAUGGUUACCAUGGUUACCAAGAUGGAUAUCAUCAACAGGGUCACUACGGUGGAUACCAUUAUUAAAAGUAAUAAAUUAUGCCCUUUUGGUUUAAAUGCUGCAAACUCCAAAGACAAAAUUUUAAAAGCAAUCUAAAAAUCACAUUGGAUACUAAUUUGAGUAAUUUUUUUUCAUAAUUACUGAAAAAAGCUUUCAGAAAACACUCUACUGCAGCUAUUGGGAAAAUAUCAAUUUUCAGUUAUAUUUUGGAACUGUUUAAAGACUAAUCACUGAAUGUUCUGCUGGUUUAAAGAACAAACUAGUUUUGGGAGCUAUACUAUAGUCAGCAUUUUUAAAAAGAAAGUUGUGUAGCUGACACUUAUCAUGGAAAGUGUGCAUAUUCAUAAUUAGAGGUGCUUGUUUGAUUUAGCAUAUUUAUUGUGUAUCAAAGGGAGAAAGACUUGCAUCAACUGUAAGGAGCCAAAUAGAAUAGUCUCAUCAUGUAUACAUCAGACUCCAACCAGAGAUAUUAAGAGAAAAUGUUCUUCCUAAUCUACAGUAUGCAAAGAUGUGUCCACGCUGAAAUCUAAAAGCCAAAGGAGUUUAACAAAACUGAAUCUAGAGUUAGUACCACCCACUUAACAUGAUGUUGUGAAGUGCUGCAACAGAACAUGUUUGAACGGUUACAAAGCAAAAGAUGCAAGGCAUUUCAAAAGUACAUUUGAAAUUAACUUCACACUAGUUGCAGAGAUCACUCGUGGUAAAUAUUACUUGUUUUUAUCUGACCAAGAGGAAACAAACAAGCACUGUGUACUUGAAGAUAACUAUGCUGUUAAUUUGUAGAGUGAUGGUGAGCAAAAUUUGAAGAGCUGUAGUAGUGCUGCGCCUCUGACCUUGCAUUACAUCCAACACAUAUUUUGUUUUGGAUUUCCAGCAUCCGCAGUUUUUUAUUUUUAUACAUAUUUACAAAGAACAGUCUUAACAAAACAUGGGUAGAUCAGUAUUUUGGCCACAGCCACCUCUUCUACAGAUGAAAACGGCACUUAAUCUGGCAUACGAGGAGGCCACGUGGAGGGAAUUCAUUCACCAUUUUUCAAUUUAUGGGGGUGGGCUUGAACAAAAAUGUUAAAUAUUAUUUUUAAAAAUAUAGGUAUGUUGCAAUUAGUUGUUUAGUCCUGGCUAAUAUUGAUCCCUCAAUCAACAUCAUUAAAUUGAUUAUUUGGUCAUUAUCAUUUUGUUGUUUGUGGGACCUUGCUGUGCACAAAUAUUUUGCUACGUUUCCUACAUUACAAGAGUGUUUACACUUCAAAAGUACUUCAUUGGUUGUAAAGUGCUUUGCCAAGUUCUGAGGUCAUGAAACAUGCUAUAUUAAUGCAAGUCAUUAUGUGUGUACUACUGCCAAGUUGUGGAGAUGAAAAGUGUUGAACUAACAUUUCUAACGGUCAGAAAGGUAUGGCUAAGGGUGCAUGGAGGGAGAUAUAUGUUUGUAAAGCUCAAUGACAUUGUUACACAAUAUAUUAUGGUACAUAAUUUCUAGUCAUGGAGUGUUAGCUUUUAGAACAGAAAUAAUUCAAAAAUUUAUUUGGCAUUGAAUAAAAUGUGUACUGUAGUUUACUUCAUUUUUGGAAAUGUGCUGGCAAAUUCCACGAAGAAUAUUUAGUAAGCCAGGGUGUGUACUGUAUUUCACAACCGGUGACUAUAGAGUUACAUAGAAUUUAAAUGUGUAUUAAGUUGUAGAAAAUAAGCACUGCUUUCGGUUUUAUUUGUUACAGCAGCCCACUAAUUGAAAAUCUGGUCAACUGGGACAGCGGCUUUUGUCAGAAUUUAUGUUUUCCUUUCACUUGGUAUCAGCGUAGUAUUCUGAAAUGUAAAAAAUUCUGAUCGUUUUUAUUUGGGGAAACAAUAAUAACACCAGCAAUGUU